GGUCAAAAUCCUUCGCGUACACACCCACGCGUAUUACCAUGUAUACAUAGCCUCGCCCCCGGCCCGUACGCGACUGCGAUAGAUCCCCCAACCCUCCCCGCCCACCCGCCCGCCCUCCGCCCCGCCGCCUCUCCCCAUCCACCCCAGCAGCCCAGCGGAAACGCACACUGGAACGCCGAGGGAUCCACGAGCCGGGCCGCGCUGCGAGGAGCCAUGGAGUUCACCGCCGCGUCCAGCAGCAGCAGGCUGUCGAAAGAGGGGGACGAGGAGGAGGAGGGGGAGGAGAUGGAGGAGGAGGAGGCCUCCCCGCGUGAGAUCCCCUUCAUGACGGCCAUGACGGCGGCCGCCUCGUCCUCCUCCCCGACGUCCGCGUCCGCAUCUUCUUCAGCGGCGGCGGCCUCCGCGUCGGCGUCUGGGUCGGGCUCUCCCUUCCGCUCGAGCGACGGCGCUGGGGCGUCUGGGAGCGGGGCGGGCGGCGGCGACGUGGAGGUGAUCGACAAGGAGCACAUGUUCGACAAGGUGGUCACGCCGAGCGACGUGGGCAAGCUCAACCGGCUGGUGAUCCCCAAGCAGCACGCCGAGAAGUACUUCCCUCUGGACGCGGCGGCCAACGAGAAGGGCCUGCUGCUCAGCUUCGAGGACCGCGGGGGCAAGCUCUGGCGCUUCCGCUACUCCUACUGGAACAGCAGCCAGAGCUACGUCAUGACCAAGGGCUGGAGCCGCUUCGUCAAGGAGAAGCGCCUCGACGCCGGGGACACCGUCUCCUUCUGCCGCGGCGCCGCCGACGCCACGCGCGACCGCCUCUUCAUCGACUGGAAGCGCCGCGCCGAACUCCGCGACCCGCACCGCCUCGCGCGCCUGCCCAUGCCCAUGCCCACCUCCUCUCCCUACGGCCCGUGGGGCGCCGGACCGGGCGGUUUCUUCAUGCCGCCCGCGCCUCCAGCCACCCUCUACGAGCACCACCGCCUCCGCCAGGGCUUUGACUUCCGCAGCAUCAGUCCCGCCGCUCCGCCGAGGCCGCAGGUGCUCUACUUCGGCUCCGCGGGAAUUUUCCCGCACGCGACCAUGCCGCCUCCGCAGCCGCAACCUCCGCUGCACAUUGCGGUGCAACCGAGCCCGCCGGUCACGGUCGGCAUGCCCAUGGUCCUCGAUUCGACGCCACUCGUCAACAGCCCGACGGCGGCCGCGAAGCGCGUGCGGCUGUUCGGAGUCAACCUCGACAACCCGCACACCCACGGCGGCGAGUCAAGCAACGAUGCCAACGCAUUGUCGCUGCGGAUGCCGGGAUGGCAAAGGCCGACACCGUUUAGGUCGCUGGAAUUGCCCCAGCACGGUGCAGCCGGAGCGGAGUCGUCUGCGGCCUCGUCGCCGUCGUCAUCAUCAUCCUCCAAGAGAGAAGCGCAUUCCUCCUUGGAUCUCGAUCUGUGAAGGAUAUUUGGUGAGCUCGAUCGGGAGCGUGCCCAAGGAAAGUUCAACAAUUCCUUCUUCAGUUUGUCACCUUCCUUUUCUUCCUCUCCACCUUUUGCGGUUCCGUUAUAACAUUGAUAGAAGCCAGCAUUUAACAUUUCAUUUUCGUUUUCGUUUUGGCCAAUCAAAUUCUUGGGUGUUGGUUUGAGAAUUAUUAAUAUAUAGAGAGAAACUAGCGAAUCAAUCAAUUCUUCAUGA